UUAAAAGUAAGUACGGAAUGAAACUCAAUUUCUAACGACGAAAAUCGUAUUCUGUGAUGGAUGAUUGAAAGAGAAAGUAAUGAAAAGAGAAAAUAGUUUAUCAUGAAUUUCCUAAAUUACAAAGCAUUUAUGUACGACUAAAUAUUAUAUGAAUCUAUUAUAAUCGAAACAGGAACAUUUAAUAUCCAGAAUACUUACAGUGAAACAAUGUAUUUACUUUAUUUUAAACCAAAUUUACAAGUAUUCUAGUAGUCGACCUUCCAUUUAUUGACUUAAUAUCAGUUAUUUCCAUAAUGAAUUUUGCCAUCUCCAGGGAAAAAAUUGAAUUUAUUUAAGUUCAUUAAUCUUGCCUUUUACUUCUCUUCCAAUAUGCACUGGUACACCAUUUUGUUGCAAGAUGACUAACGUGUCAACAAAUGGAAGGUCAACAACUGAAACAUUAACUGUGAAUUUAAUAUAAAAUCAAAAGUAGAUGAAAACGAAUAAUUAUUUUAUUUUUAAAAUGGCCUACUGUAUUAAGUAACUUUUGUUGACUAUUUCAACGGACACCACGUAUAUCAACUUCGCUUUGUGCGUAUAGCAAAACAAAACAAACAAUUCCAACACCAAUUAUAAUGCGAGGUUAGGUAGAACCAAAAAAUUUACAAGUGUCAUUGUUUGUAACGUAAAUUCCCCUUGUCAUUUUCACGCUACACGAUCAUUAUGGCCGAAGAGAAGAGAAAGAUGAAAGGAUGCUACUGUAUCCGUCAGAAAUUUCAGAUGCAACAACAAAAAAAGAAAGAACAAUGUAAGAGGAAGAGACAGGUACUCGUAUAUAACCCUGAAGAGGAAUCGUGGCACGAACCGUACAUGAGAAACUUGCGAAAGGAGUUCUCGGAUGUGUCUAUAUUGUGCGAUUCGAAAAUCGAAUUGCCUUGGAGAGAUAUCGCGUUACCGGCUGCCGGCAUGAAAAUUCGUCAAGAGGUUUCGUUGACUCCUUUAAACGACCACCAGGAGCAACCUGGCGACGAGGACGCCGGGAUACAACCGACGGCAGAGGAAUCCAUGGGUACUAUGGCUUUGCCAUGGAAAGAUUUGGUGAUAACUGAAACCGUACAGUCGAAACAAGCUGAUCCCGAGAGUUGCGAUUCGACGUUAGAAAUUCCAUGGAACGAUCUCGUCCUCGAGAGACCCAUUGAAAUACGAGCACCGUCCGAAGAAGCUUGCGACAACGAUGACGUGGAAAUUCCGUGGAAUGACAUUUUGAUACCGCGAAACAUAGUCAUCGAGUCGCAGAAAAAGAAGAAGCAUCCAUCUUCCAAAUACCCACCGCGCCCGUUGUCAGCCACGGGGUGUACUAACUGUAAGAGAUGUUGCGCGACUGUAGGAAAUGGAAUGAGAUCUGCGGCCUCUUGUAAAUAAUUCACGAAGAUGGCAGAGAAACUGGACAAAAUUGUUAUCUUGCUAUACUUGUUUGGAAAUAUCUCGUUUUCAUAGGUAUUUGCAAUACUUGCACCGUACAGAAUGUAAUAUCGGGUGAACUGUAUUUUGAAACACAUGGAGAUGGUUGUUGGAAUAUUUUGUUUGGAACGUUUCAAACUUGUAAACAUCAAAAUACAAAAAAAAUUGUAAUUUAAAUUCAAUUCUUUUAAAAUUAAAAGGUAAUAAUGAUCACUAUUUUUAUAAAUACUGUUGGG